UGCGAUCCGAGUUGAGGUCCUUGAUUGUUAAAUAUUGAUGACGUCACAGCUCAUUUAAAGUCAUUGUAAACACAAUCGAGCAGCGAGGAAGCGACAACACAAUGACUGCUUAACUAGGUGGCCAGAAGCAAAGAUGAGGAUCCGUCUCCAGGGUCCCGGCCAUGCUGGCCUCCUCCUCGCCGAGCUCAACCGCUGCCGCCAAUCGGGCCGCUACUGCGAUGUGUCCCUGCAAGUGGGCAAGCGCACGUUUGCGGCACACCGCGCCAUUUUGGCCUGCGCUGGCACGUACUUUCGCAACUUGUUCAGCCAGGCUCCAUCGGCCCGCACCGACCCCGUCUCGCUGGAGUUUAUUUCCCCAUCCAACUUUGAGAAGGUGUUGAGUUUCAUGUACACUGGGGAGAUCUUGACGGAUCUCAUAGAUGUCGGGGUUCUUUAUGAGCUGGCUGAGAGGCUGGGCUUGAGCGAACUAGCAAGGGCGUGUCACGCCACCUUCCCAGACCUGCAGGGAUCCAUGUCAGCUAACGCCAAGGCUGGCAGCCCCGGAGACCUUCCGACUGCCUCCUCCGUCUCUUCCUCCACCGCCUCGUGCUCAUCUCUGUCGUCUUCCGCUGCCCCGACCCCUGCCCGUGCCCUGUCACCUCACGCCAAAGUCGGUGCGGUGCCGGAGCGCCGGUCUCCAGCUGGGACUGCGCCCAUGGACUUCAAAAUAGAAGACAUCCAGUCUCUUAUAGGCUAUGGGGAAAUCGUUACAGAUAAACCGGAACGCUGCGUUUUAAGCAGUGAGGCGCUCUCUGUGGGUGCUGAACUCUUAACCAAAAAAGAGCAGACAUUGGAGGAGGCAGUUAAAGGCAGGCCGAAGGUUUCUGAGAAGACGAGCGACUCGGAGCCAUCCCUCGCCUGUCCCUUUCCCGAUUCUCUCGCUCGACUCGGCUCGGGGACCUCCUCGCCUUCGGAAGGUCUCGCUAGCAGCGGGGAAGAGUUGCUGGUUUCGCAGGGGAGCGGAGAGCGGCGACCUCUGCGAUUCAAUGGCGCAGUUGGACAGACGACGGAGGAGCAGUGGGGGCGGCUGGCAGCCGAGAUCAUUGAACUGAGCGAUGACGACAACUUUAUGGAGGAGAGAGAUGAGGAGGAGGACGACGAGGAUGAAGACGACCUCUCUGUGGAAAACGGACACGAAAAGGUUCUGGGAGACGUGCUGCUAUGUCAAGCCUGUGCGGCUCCUCUACCCGCAGAUCCGGCUGCGCUGCGGAGACACGCCGAGAGCCACAUGAACGAGCUCGGACAGUGCAGUCUGUGUGGCACUUCGUUCCGGGACCGGGCCGCCGGGAUCUCCCACUCUCUCGCCCACGUGGGGACGCAGCUUUUCUCUUGUGACAUGUGUCACCUGGACUUCUGCACCCAAAAGAAGCUGCUGCGCCACCAGCAGGAGAGCGGGUCCACGCGUGCCUUAGCGCAGCUCGGCCAAGGCUGUGAGCUACGGUGUGCCGUGUGCGCAAAAGGCCUCAGCAAGGACUUCCAGAUGGUGAGAGAGCAUGUCCUAAGCCACGUGUGUGCCCAAAGCCUGAGCUGCAGCGUUUGUCACCUGCCCCAACGCUCCCUGUGCUCUCUGCUGUGGCACGCCCUCACCCACCUUUCGCUGCCCGUCUUCCCCUGCCCCUACUGCGCCCGCUGCUUUGUAGAGCGCCCUCUACUGGACGCACAUGUGGCCGCGCACGGCGAGGACGCCAAGGAGCGCGAGGACAUCCGAGUGGUCACAGUAGGGGGAGAAAAAUUUUCGGGAACGGAGGCGCUCAAUUGCUUCCUUUGCCCACAAACGUUGCCUACCCCCUCUGCCUUCCUGUGCCACCUCAGCCAGCACACAUCGGAGUCCUUCGGGGGUGCCGGGGAAGAGAGAGGGGGUCCUGGCUUGUUAGGCAAGCGUAAGGCCGAGCAGCCUCUGGAGUACCCGCCCUCGUCUUCCUCCUCUCCGCAAAAGCUCGGAGGUCUCGGAAAGAUAAGUGGCACCAGUUUAGGCCCAGGAAGCGGAACGGGCCUCUGCUCUCCUGGUAAGUAUUUCCCGGGCUCCAUGCACAGUUCAUCUUCCGUUGCAUCGACCAAUGGGAGCACGGGACACGACGGGGCGGUGGGCGUGCGCGGGAAAUGGUACCGCUGUCGCUACUGCGGGAAGUGCUUCGCACACUCGGGUGAGUUCACGUACCACCUGCGCAUCCACACGGGGGAGAAACCAUACCAGUGCAAGGUGUGCCUGCGCUUCUUCCGAGGCCGCUCCACCAUCAUCUGCCACCUCAAGACGCACGCCGGCGCGCUCAUGUAUCGAUGCACCGUCUGUGGCCUCUACUGCUCUACCCUCAAGAUGAUGGCCGCACAUAUGGAGCUCCACAAGAACCAGCUGCCGGCCGAUUUCAACAUUGAGGACACCUUCAUGUAUAACGACCACUCCUAAGAAGCGCUGACUUCUGUGGACACUUGAAUGACUCCUGGUAGAGGCGUGUGUGUGUAUGUGUGUGUGUGUGUGUAGGGGUCAUGUGCGUUAAACACUCGAUUGUGGUAGAUGUAGUUGGUAUCUAAAAUGUGGCUACUUAAGUAGUUUAGUUCCAAGAUGCUCAUUUAGGGCCGCAAAAUAAUUAGCUGUAGUGACAGAAUGAGUAUAAGAAAUUUUUAUUGUAGCCACAAUAUAUGUAUAACAUGCACACAAAAUCCCAAUUACUAAUUUAUGUGCAUAAAAUGGCGCACAAGUAAAUAGAUUAUUUUAUCUUAAAACUUUGGUAACUCUAGAGGGCCUCUAUAUGAAAAUCCCGCUCUUAUUUCCAUUUUCCUACAUGCAGCCAGCUCUCGAUGAAAAACAUUUCUGGGACAUCCCUGGAUCAGGGAGUAGAAAAUGAGUAACUGAUCGGACUCCAAGCUGUUUAUUCACAUCCACAACAUUUUAUCUUUGACUGAAACAAAAUACUGUACUAAGUUAUGGCCACAAAAUAGGCAUAACAUGUCUUUCUUAGCAAAAAAACCUAUAGUACUUUUGGAGUCUAUUUAAAAGUAAAAACAUUCUUUACAAUAAUAUGUUCUAUGCACCCUCACUAUUCUAACCACGGCAUUCUAAUUAAUAUUGCAUUUGUGAAAUAGGAAUUAAGCAGCUAAGUCACUAAGUCCACCUGUUUUGCUCUAACUCGGGGGGUGGCCAUUUUGCAAGUUGCUGUCAAUUAAAAAUGACAUCACAGUGCCCAAGUAACGGAAAUUGUUUUCCGUGUGUGGACAUGUGACGCUCACAAGCUGAUCCUGCAAUGUCAUUUCAGUCAACAAGUGGGAAAAUGGCUGCCCGAUAGGAGAGAAGUGGAUUUGCUGCAUAUUCCAGAAACGAUUCCAAAUAUUAUUCAGAAUACUGUUGCAUGGAAUAUAUUACUGUGACAAACAUUUCUGACUCGAGUUCCUCUUUAAAUGCAUCGGAGUAGUAACAAUUCUUUGUGGUGACUUGAUUUUUUGAGUCCCAAGAACAAGUUGGAUGUCUGAGUACAAAAUGGAGCGCACCUUCUGUAAAAAGUGCAACGUCCUCUACUUCUACAUACUUUCGAGAGACGUUGCACUCUGCUUCCCCAACUGACCAUGAAUGAUAUUAAUAGAAUUAAUUUCUAUUUUCUGGACACACUCAAGAAAUACCUAAAGAGUGAGAACUCUUGAGAAAUGUUCACUUUGUAAUUAGACUUAGCUCUUAUUUAUGAUACUGUGACCGCUCUGGCUUUGUACAUCUUUAUACAAUGUGUUUCUAUUUGCCUUUUUAUUGACAAGAAUAGAACAAAUGCACUAAGGAAAUUGUGUCAUCAUGCAUGAUAUGAUUGCCUAAAGUUGUUUGAUAGAAAAAAACAACAACACAUCCAUCGCUAGUAGGCCGUGAUGACUCAGCGCAUUUAUGCGAGCACCCUUGCCCCUUGUAAAAUUCUUGUCGUCCUCUUCCUGCUAUUGUCCUAACACCAGCUCUUCCCCUUCUUUAUUGUUCAAACUUUGAGGCAAAUUCCUCAUUUGGAAAUGACAAAAAAAAAAAAUCAGCAGAAACCUUCUUUCAAACAUAAGUAAUGGUGUUACAUUUAAUUUGUUCAUGUUUUGUGAAAUUUGUGAAGAAAGCAGCUCUGAUGCUUUUACAUUCAAGAGGCUUUAACAAAAUCAUACUCAUUUAUGGCUUAGUUAGGACAAGAAAACAUUACAUGAGGGCUCACGGCCAGCUUGGAGACUGGCCAAGUGAGAGAAAACAUACACAGGAGAAUCAGCAAGCAAUGUUAAAAACAUCUUUCCCUACCUUUAUGAUGUUU